AUGGCGGACGAUGAGCGGGCAUCCAAGCGCCAGAAGCUCGCGGCGGCGGAAGGCGCCACUACGCCGCCUGCUACUGUGGACGCUCGCGAGUGCGCGUUCCACUUGACGUGCCUGAAAAAUGCCCCGGCAGCGCCCAACGUGCAUACGAAGAGCUUGGGUGACCUGCUGGAGGGGGAUUUCUCUCGCUGUCUAUUGACCAACUACAUGUACGACCUGCCGUGGCUGUUCGCCGAGUGUCCGAGGCUCAGAGACGUGCCGGUGCUGUUGGUUCACGGCGAGAGAGACCGACAGGGGAUGAUGAAGGAGUGUCGGGAGUACGCCAAUGUGACGCCGGUGGCUCCUCCGCUGCCGAUCGCGUACGGGACGCACCACACCAAGAUGCUGGUGGCGCUGUACCCGGAGAAGGUGCGGGUGGCGAUAUUCACGGCCAACUUCUUGUCCAACGACUGGAACACCAAGACCCAGGGCGUGUGGUUCCAGGACUUUGGGCUCAAGGUGCUUGAUGGCAGUGAGGAUGAAGAGAAGGACGCUGUGGCCGACAACUCAACAGCAAUCAAUGACUUCGAGGCGGACCUUGUCCAUUACCUGUCGUCCCUGGGAGCACAAGUCAAGCUUUUCUGUGGAGAAUUGAUGCGCUUCGACUUCUCCGCUGCACGCGUCGCGCUCGUCCCCUCAGUACCAGGAGUUCACAAAGGAAAAGAUAUGGAGAAGUAUGGGCACCUUCGUGUACGGAACUUGGGGUCGCUAGACGAGAAAUGGCUCUUCGGAGAGUUUGCGGAAAGCAUGUUGCCAGGAAAGAAGAACGUUUCCCCGACAUCCAUGCCAGUUCAGGCACUGCACAUUAUUUGGCCCUCCGUCGACGAUGUGCGGAAUUCACUGGAAGGAUGGAACUCGGGGCGGUCAAUCCCGUGUCCGCUGAAGAACAUGAAGCCAUUCUUGCACAAGUAUCUCCGCAAAUGGACGCCGCCGGAGGAGCUUCACCGACAAAACGCCAUGCCGCACAUCAAGUCGUAUGCUCGCUUCAAUCCUAGCGACGAGAAAGCGGGUGAACUGGACUGGGUCAUCGUGACGAGCUCGAACUUGAGCAAAGCUGCGUGGGGCGCACUGCAGAAGAACAAGACCCAGCUCAUGAUCAGGUCGUACGAGUUGGGCGUGAUGUUCCUGCCCCAGCUACUAAAGUCAAAAGCCAAUGGCCCUCCUGCGCGCCUCGUGGCGGUUGGCAGUAAAGCGGCUAAACAUUCCAGCGUUGGGGUAUCCGAGACAGAGCUGCUGCCACUCCCGGUUGUUCUACCGACGGACGAGCUGGUUCGAGUGGAAUGCGCGGCGAGUAUGACUGUAGCGGAUCUCCUGGUCGUCCUGGGGAAGCGAGGAGCUAUGCAGAAAAAUGCUGGAGUCGACAGGAACGGGGGAAAGCUCACUCUCGUGCGCCGGUGUACAGAGCUGGUGGCCGAAAUGCUGGUCGUGGAUGAAGUUAAGGAGCUGGACAUCCUCGAGUUCCAGCAUGUUAGUCCACAGAUAUCCGAGUGGAUCCCAGAGAGCAGCUCUCAGCAAUCUCGGGCUAGGAUAUCGCCACUUUUUAGGUCGUCAUCUCCCAGGACAGUGGAGGAGCUUCGGCCGCUGUCCACGGCGAUAACCCCGCUCUGGCAGCUAAAUCAGGACCGAAGUGCUCGAAGGAAGCCAGCACCAUGCCAAAGCUGCAGUGCUCAUCCAGAGGUAAAGCUGAGGAAUUUAGUCCAAAACUCGACUGUCAGGCAAUCAGCUCUACGAAGGCGAGGGGCUCGAAGACGCCCCAACUCCCGAGGCAAGCGAAGGCGCUUGCUGUUUACCGGUUUCCAAGAGCGUAGGGCGUCCGCCAAAGCGCGCAAGUACGCGGAGCGCAUUCUUCUCCAAGCGGGCAUGCAAAUGAUUGAACGCAUGCAACUUCUUCAGCAGGACGUUCGAAAGCUGGUAUUUGUUCUCCGAGAUGCCAUACUGGGUGGUAGUUCGCUGAGUGCAGACGACCUGUUGGCUUUGGCAAGGGCGAUGGUUAAUGAUUUGACGCGCACGGGCGUUGGUCUUUCACGACCUGAGACCUUCCCUGUUUAUGAUGACUCAAAAGAGAAUCUGGUACGAAGAUUGUCGUGGGAUAUCGCUGGCAAAGAUGGAAGUGUCUCUAUUGUAUUGGAAGGGUGGGUCGUGACGGCAGAGUGGGGUACUUUUUGGAGGACGCAGCGCAAGGAGUACGCUUGUCUCUGUGAUAACCACAUGCUGUACUUCUUCUCAAGUCGAACACAUUGCGCGGACUUCGUGUUUGAAAUGGGGCGUGAGCGGGACGGCAGUGCAUCGGAAACAAGCAAGCGGCUCAUGAAAGACAACAGUCCGCUGAGCCAAAUCGAUCUAUCAGAGACGGACUGGACUGUGCGCAAAAGCAGCGUUCCAAAUGAGGACUCGGACCAGCCGCAUCGCAACGCCUUCGCGUUCUUCGACUCGAAGGGGAGGAUGAGAUUGGUGUUGGAUGUAGUCACAGCCGCAGAAGCCACAACAUGGGCACGAUUGAUCUCAGCAGAGAUCAGCCGAAACCAUCUCUUUGCGCGUAUCCGCGAGUUAAACGACGCCUCUGCAAAAGCUGAGACGGAUGGCGAACGUACCGAGAAGUUGAAUCCUUUGACCACAUGGGUGGAGAUAAUGACGCAGUCCUCGGCUACAAUUGGUGAGCAGCAUUCGCUAGUGAUCCCGCUUCGUUCACUCUACUCGCAGAUCGAUCGUCUGAAUGGGACGGCACGGGAAGAGCGGUACAAGUCGUGGACACUCAGCCAAGCGCUGAAAGAUCUGCAGCGGGACCGUGUCAAAAUUAACGGGCUGCUCCUCGCUGGAGCUUCGUUGGAAGCGAACAUCCUCGCGUUGACUCUCGAGAUUUUGAGAUGCACGGAAUCAGGCCACGGACGAGAUGGUGGGAACCAAGGUGAAACUAUCGCAUCGGUGUCUGCUGCAGCCAAGGAGAUGACAGCGCUAAGAUUUGCGCGACAGGUCAUCAUCUGCAGUUCACGCACUCACGGAGGAGGAGACAUCCUUGAUACCUUACACCUGCUCUUUGGCAACGAGAGGUUCUGUAUAUGCCCCGACGCACAGUCAAUGGAGCCGAUUGAAAUCAGCAUCUCCAAGCGAUCAGCUCUCAGCGCACAGAUUUCAAUGAAGAUGACGUAUCGUGUAAUCCCCAGUGAAUCAAUCGGGCCCAUGGAUGAAGACGCAUCAGCGGCAAAAUACCCGGCUAGAAAUGGUUUGAAAAGUGACAGACCUGAGCAACAAGAAGCAAGGGAGUUCAAGAUCCUGGGCACCUACACGCAGAUACUGCAAGAAUGCGACGUAAUCUUCCUCGUUCUUCCGAACGGAGCUAUCCACCAGGGGUUGGACGUCUGUGCAUUCGAGUCGGAUGGCUUUACGACGUCAGCGGAGUCGGUGAUCUUGGUCGUCUCAGUCGGCGUGAGGGCGUUGUGCACCGCUGUCAUGCUCGCCAGGUCAAUUGGAGCAGGCAUGACGCUUGGUUGGUCUGCAGGCGGCAAACGGUUCACAGCGUUGUCGGUGGUCACGACAUCGGUUGGUCGCAGCUCAACUGCUCGCAGGAAUCGGUCGGCAGCGUUAAUUACGUGCAGGGAUUCGACUAUCUCGGCCUUCGCUCGCUUGAGUCCUGCUUCAUCGAGAUCAUCCGAGGACCCAAACACGAACCUGUUCCAGUUCAGCAGCUUCACGGACCACUUCUUGACCAGAUCCUUGUUGGCCGCGAAGAAGACGACGUGGUAG